AUGGCGCUUAAUUCCGAAGAGCUGCAGCCCGUAGCAGGGGAGCACGAAGACUCGGGCCUGCACGCGGAGGUCUGCGCUGGAGUCAGUUCAGAGGCAACUGUGUUGGACGGGAACGACAAAUCGAGCGAAGAAAUGGGCGAUCAAAUACCGGAGACCUCGCAGGACGACUCCGCCGGAUCUCGCACAGGAUGGGAGGCCGCUGUUUUGGCGACUCAGACAGCCAUCACCGAAGACCUGGAAAGCUACAAAGUGAGGUCGGAACUGCCGAUAACCGCCAGCAUAAUGCCAUGUGUUCUGGACCAGAACACUAAAAUGGCGGGCGAGGCGCAAGGGGGCGAGCAGGGAACGGUGGAACCUGUCCCAGGAGCGGUGUUGAUGGAUUCGUACUACCAGCUGCCUCCGAAGGAACUAAUCGCUUUAGCUGCAGCAGCUACGAGGUCUAGCAGCCUCUUCUCGUUCAAAAAGGAGGAUAGGCGCCCGGCACGGCGCCCCAAAGCGGAUGAUCCUAGAACAAGGAAUAGCACUGGACACGAGGACGGGCGCCACGGCAAUCUGAUUCCAUACGAACCCCUCUUGGAGCCCAUGACCAUACCCGGACACGAUCAGCCCCUGGAGCCGGAGACCGGGUUCCCGAAACCACGCCACCCACAACUACACGAGCAAAGAAUCGGCGGCAAUUACUACCCAAAGCACCCCGGCCGCCAUAGGGAUCACAUGUAUGCGAAGGGAGGCCCGCACGUGCCAGGCGACAGGAGGCCGAAAUACGUGGAUGCGCAACAGUUGAUUGCUAAGCAAAACGCGAAGGCGAGAGGGUUUCCCGGAGGAGCCAACCGAUGGAGCGCUCCCAGGCCCACCGAUGGAAUAUUCUCGCUCGGUAGCCUGAGGCCCGAGACUCCACACGUGACUCCGAAAGCGGCUAACGAAGCCCACGCAAUGUCCUUCAAUAGCAUCAGCCGUAUGGUGCAGGACCUGCAUCUCAAGAAGCUGGUCUCUCUCCGGAAUGGCGAAGACGUCUUGAACAUGACCACGCAGGAUGUCUCGAACUUCACGUUCAUCGACGAGGAAUCACACGUCCCCCUGAAGAGCUCGCAGUUCAGCAAGAUCUUCAGCGUGGUUGGGCAGCAACACAAGGCCGAGCAGGCGAGACUCGCCGCGGAAGGCGAGAGAGCAGACACACCAGGAUUCAAUGUAGCAGGUGAGCGUAAGCGGCGUAGCGCACACACCUGUGCAGGGGACGCGAAAAAUCGCGAACGAGCCAGCCAGUUACUACAGCAGAUGCUGGCCAGGAAGACAUCACCAUAA